AUGUCAAACUUGUAAACAUCAACGACCUACCAGUUCUCUCGAUAACACUAAUUCAAUUUUCCUACAACAACUAACGAAUCAAAUGAAUUUGAGAAAUCAGUAGAGAAGAAACAUAAGAAGACAAAGUAAAAGAGUUCUUAAGCCAGAUCUUAAAAACCUAAAGGAGCAACAUGCUAUGAAUUCACUGAAGUGUUUGUGUGGGGUGAUGACAGAUGGGGUUAGCUUGGACUAUACCACCAAAAGAUAAGAAAGGGUUAUCAUGAUCAAACUUCUUUUAAAAUCCCAAAAACUUGCAGUUUUAAUAUCUUAAUAAAACAAAUUUCUUGCGGAGAUGCUCAUUCAGCUAUCCUCACAAAUUAGGGGCAUUUGUACAUGAUGGGAAGUAAUAUUAAGGGUUAGUUAGGAAUUGGGGACAACUGCCCAGAUCUACAGAAUAGAGACUGUGCAGGAGCUCCUUGUUUAGUAGAUUCACUUAGAGAUUAUAAAGUGGAUAAGGUAGUUUGUGGAUGGAAUCACACCAUUGCAAUUGUGAAUGACAAGCAAAGAAAUUCUAUAGAACCCGACAUGAUCGAUGAUAACUAAUUUAUUUUCGUCUGGGGAUCAAAUGAGCAAGGUUAACUUGGUAUACCUCUUUAAGGAUGCAUUGAUCUUCCAGUCAGAUAAAGCUUUUUUGAGCAUAUUGAGGUAAGAGUUAAGGAUAUCUAUGCAGGCUACCAACAUACAUUAUAUGUUACAGAGAACGGUCAAGUAUAUUCAACCGGGUCAAAUUCAUUCGGCUAGUUAGGUCUGGGCUAAUAAGAGUUAUUCAUAAAUCAGCCUGUUCUUAUUGAAGGUAUCCUAGAUAGAAUGAUUAUUAAGGCAGCUGCUGGUGAGUAACACUCUCUAUUUCUAUCAAAGGAAGGAGAAGUUUAUGCUUGUGGCAGUAAUUAACAAAACUAACUAGGAAUACCCGAAGUAUAAAAUUUACUUUAUACUCCAUAGAAGUUGAACAAUCUUUAAAACUAUAGAAUUCAAGAGAUUUAGGCUAGAUCUCAUUCGGCAGCAAUAAGCAAUCAAGGAGAAUUAUUCCUGUGGGGGCUUGGAGUAUUUGGCCAAUACAGAACACCUUAAAAGAUUCUAACUAUCUCUAAUCCAGUAAAAAACAUAAGUCUUGGUGGGACUGUUGGGUCUGCAGUUGAUGUUAAAGGAUUGCUGUGGACUUGGGGAACUAAUGGCUUUGGAGAGCUAGGUGUGGGCGAUAAUGAUCCUAGAAUUCAUCCAUACCCAGUUUUGACUUUAAAAGGAAAAACUGUGACUCAGAUUUCAUGCGGAGGCUAAUAUGUUAUAGCUUUAGGAAGCAACAUUAAAAAAGAAAUCCCAGGUCUUAAGCUUAAGAAAUCAAGAGAAAAUUCUCUAUAAAAGACUCGCAAGAGCUCAGCUUUUAAUAAGAACUCUUCUUAAAAAAGCAUGCAUCAGAGAAGUUUAUCUCAUGGGAAACAAAAGAAUUCUAGUUCAAGUUUCAUAUUGAGAAAAGAGUCUGUUGGAAGUUCAGAUCAUAUUAUUUAUGGACAGGAGAGGAUCGACACAAGCACAAGAUCACUGCCUAAGAGCAAGUCCAGUGGUGGCUAGUCAAGGUUGAUUAAAAAGAGAGAUUCUAGAGGAUCAAUAAAUAAGAGUAAAGAUGUAAUUCCUAAAUCAAAAGGCAAAUCUAAGAAAUAAAAAGUAGGCAAAAUCAGUUCAUCAGUUCCUUUUUCUGGAGAGGAAACAACAGUAAUAAAGCCGAAUAAACUAAACACAUCAGGGAUAAUCGUCAAAAAUAAAAAUAAAUUGCUCAUUACUAACUAUAAAGAGCAGGGCAUUAGCAAUUAAAGUGACUUGCUCAACUAAAACCAUUCAAAGAAGUUACAGUAGUAACUUGGUUUCCAAUAAAAUAUCAACCAAAUUGAGCUGAACACCUCUAACUAGAACACUAAUGAAUCUCAGAGCGAGUUUAUGUAUAUUCCACAGCCUCUGCUCUCCACCACCAAUAAAGAAAAGCUGAUCAAAGAACUUACCUAGGAAAAUAAGAUGAUUAGGUAAGAACAUGAGCAGCUUAAGAAGGAUUCAAAGUACUUGAAGCAUCAAAUGGAAAACUUUGAGAAGCAGUACGAGAAAUCCAAGAUAGGUUAAGCUCACUAAUAAGAGAUUCAAGGCCUCUAUCAAGAACUCAAGAAAAAAGAAAGCAAAAUCACAUCAAUGAGGGAAAGGAAAACUACUUUAAAACAAGCAAUCGAGGAGCUACAAGCCGAAUGCAAGACUUUGAAAAGCUAGAAAGUUGAAUCAGAUGUCUUGGUUAAAGAUCUAAAGGUGUAAAUGGAAUAACUUAAAACUUAGAAUCAGGAAAUUCAAAGUAGAUAUGAAUAGUCUGAGCAACGAAAUAACUAACAAGAGAAGGAUAUGGUGGAGAUACAGAUGGAUAUCAAGUAGAUUAGUGAUCAUAGCAAAGACGUAGAGAGAGACCUAUUAGACAAACUGCAUUAAAUUUCUGAGAAGUACAGAUUGGCUUGCGUUUAAAUUGAUGACUUGCAAACUCAUUAAAAGCAAGAUAAAAAGAAAAUAGAUGAAAUGCAGUACUAAGUCAAAGAUCAUAAUUUUUAUACCUCAGCACUCGAGAAGGAAAACUAAUUCUUAAGAGAAGAAGUAGAGAAAGUUAAGUACAGCAAAGAUAAAAAUGAGUAUAGUAAAUUUCUACAAAACCUAGUGCCAAUUAGGGGCAUGAAGCUCACUAGCAGCAGUUAUGGUAAAAAUAAUUAAGACUAGCAAGUUAACAAUGAAAAUAAUUGCAGUUUCAAUAGAUAGGUUGAGUAACCUGCCAAGAGUCCAUUCAAAGAUUAGACUAUGAAUCUCAAUCAAGCAUUGAAUAAGGCAGAAAACUAUCUAAAAGAAAGCCAGUUUGGUAUCAGCACUCCUAAUAGAGAGCCCUAAAUACUCUAGGCAUCUUAGAUGAGAAUGAGCGAAUUUAAAAUUGACAGGCUUCAUAAUGAGGAGCAAUAAUAAAACAUGAACUCUUCAUUUGAUAGGACAAGUGCUAAUAACUAAAUGGAUGAUACAAGAAUGAGCUACAAUCAGAAACUGCUUAAAAGCAUCGAAAAGCGAACUCAAAGAGACAACAAAUUCAGAUGA